CGAAAGGUCUCUAAGUUGAAGAUUUGAUGAUUCACGCCUACCAUAGAGUGUGGGUAUGGGUACAGGAAGCAGCAAGGACAGACCCAGACAAUCAACUACGCCUAAGGGUGUAUUAAGAGUCAAACCAGCGGCUUCAAACACUGAUACUCAUCCAUAUUCUACACAGCCUGGGGUUGGAUCAAACCCAGAAACGGGAGAACCCUGCGCUCUUAAGGUACAGGGUACAGUACAUACAGGACAGGACAACAACAUGACUGCCAUCUCUAACGUCCAGAAGACUAAGGACCAACUCCUUAAAGGUGUCAGCAUCCUUAAGGAGACCCUGCACCAAGAAGAUGUUCCUCAUGUCUUCGUAGUCUUCGGGGCUUCGGGUGACUUGGCUAAAAAGAAAAUCUACCCUACACUGUGGUGGCUGUUCAAGGAUGGUUUGUUGCCGAAGCAGACUUACUUUGUUGGGUAUGCCAGGUCAGACCUGACUGUGGAGGGAGUCAGGGACAAGACUACUCAGUACAUGAAGCUCCAAGAUGAUGAGAAGGAGAAGUAUGAGGAGUUCUGGAAGGUGAACUGGUACGUGCGGGGUUCUUACACGGAGAGGACAGACUUCGAACACCUGAACCAGGAGAUCAACACCCUCCCUAAGGGUGACCUGGCUCACAGGCUGUUCUACCUAGCGCUGCCACCCACCGUCUUCAAAGAUGUGUCCUCCAACAUCCGGCUGUGCUGCAUGGGACAUGAUGGUCUCGAGGAGUCAGCUACCGUUAGUACUGGGUCUGGGGGCUGGUCGCGUAUCAUCGUGGAGAAGCCGUUUGGCCGUGACCUUGAGAGCUCGGCUGACCUUUCCCAGCACCUGUCCAAGCUGUUCCGGGAGGAUCAGAUCUACCGCAUCGACCACUACCUGGGCAAGGAGAUGGUCCAGAACCUCAUGGUUCUCAGGUUUGGGAACAAGAUGUUCAGUCCCCUGUGGAACCGUGACCAUGUACAGUGUGUCGUCAUCACCUUCAAGGAACCAUUCGGGACCAUGGGCAGGGGAGGGUACUUUGACGAGUCUGGAAUCAUCAGAGACGUGAUGCAGAACCACCUGAUGCAGAUCCUGUCUCUGGUUGCCAUGGAGAAACCUGCCUCCACCAGCGCAGAGGACAUCAGGGAUGAGAAGGUGAAGGUACUGAAGUGCAUGCCCCCCCUGGAGUUGGAGAAUGUGGUGGUGGGACAGUACACCGGGGAUCCCCAGGGGGAGGGGGAUGCCAAAAGCGGCUACCUGGAUGACCCCACCGUGCCCAAGGGGUCAGUCACCCCCACCUUCGCCUCGGCCGUGGUGUUUGUGAAGACAGAGAGAUGGGACGGAGUUCCCUUCAUCAUGAAGUGUGGGAAAGCUCUGAACGAGAGGAAGGCAGAAGUUCGUAUCCAGUUUAAGGACGUCCCUGGUGACAUCUUCGGCGGCCAGUGUAAGCGUAACGAGCUGGUGAUACGGGUGCAGCCGCAGGAGGCUGUGUACUGUAAGAUGAUGGUGAAGGCACCUGGCAUGAACAUCAACCCUGAGGAGUCAGAGCUGGACCUGUCCUACGGGGCAAGAUACAAGGGAGUGAAGAUGCCUGAUGCAUACGAACGACUCAUCCUGGAUGUGUUCUGUGGUGCACAACUCCACUUUGUCAGAAGUGAUGAACUUGGAGAGGCCUGGAGGAUUUUUACACCACUGCUGCAUAAACUAGAGAAGGAGAAGAUCAAGCCUGUUCCUUACAAGUAUGGCAGCCGAGGCCCACAGGAAUCUGACGACCUUGCCAGGAAGUUUGGCUUCAUUUUCUCAGGCACCUACAAGUGGACCAAGCCCCAGCUGUGAACAGAACAGAGGAAUCACCACCAAAUCAAACUUUAGACCACACCAGCUCGAUCUGUUGGUUCUCAGAUUUUUUCAGAAAAAAUAUGAAGCGACAUGGUGAAAAAAAAGAAAAACAGGCCUCACCAUCCUAAUGUAUGACAGCAACAAAUGCUAUAUAAGGAGCCAUGAAGUCAACACACCAGGCUAGUUUGUAAUUCAUUGAAACAAUGAAUUUGAAACUUUUGAUCAACUACUACAUGGUUAGAUGGAAAAACUGUAACAACGCUGAAGAGAAGAGAGUUCCUUCAACUGUUUGGGCCAAAAUAUUAGUAUUUGGAGUUGAUUCAGA